GAAAUCCCAUCCCCGUUUGUUAACGGAACCGUUAUCGUCGCUGUCGAUUGAUAUCUUCCUCCUCAGCUCAUUGGAGGUGAGGAUCUGCUCAUGGAGAUCUAUGGUGGUGUUUAGAUUCUCGGCCAAUCUCAAAAGCCCCUGCUUGAGUUUUGGUUCUGGGCUAGGGUUUCUGAUUUUCCCGCUUCCUUGGAGGAGGCCAAUGCUUGGUACUGACAAAGAUAGCUUCACAGGACGUAGCCGUUGUAAACUUUGACGACUGAGUGAAUUCAAUUUGGGCAACGGUUUCGAUUCUGUGAAAGCUGUAAGCUUUGUGGUGCUCUGCGAAUUGAUUGUUGUUAGUUCAGAGGGUUGAGGAGAUGGGAGAGGAUUUGUUCACUACCCUAUCUAUUGAUAAUCAUCAUCAUCAUCCAUCGACUUUAUUAUCAAUGGACUCGGGUGGGGUUUCUCGGGACGAAUUGGACCAUGAACUAAGCAGACCGACUAUCGUCUCUCGGCCCCCGGAUAUCAAUCUCCCCCUUGCCUCUGAGCAAAACGGCUCUUCUUUGCAGUCGUGGAACUUGGACCCCUUCGAUACCUUAGAUGUUAGUCUUGGGUCUCAGAGUAACGAGCAUGAUGCCCAUGCUAAUCUGCCCAAGACCGGGCGCAAGUGCACCAAGAGGUUGGAUAGUGUGUGGGGAGCUUGGUUCUUCUUCUGCUACUACUUCAAGCCUGUAUUGAAUGACAAAUCAAAGUGCAAGGUAGUGAGGGAUGGUAAUGGGGCAUCUGGAUUUGAUAAGUCAGACCUCGAGCUGGAUGUUUUCUUGGUACAGCAUGACAUGGAAAACAUGUACAUGUGGGUCUUCAAGAAACGGCCUGAGAACGCCCUCGGGAAGAUGCAGCUACGGAGUUACAUGAAUGGGCAUUCUCGUCAAGGAGAGCGACCUUUCCCGUUUAGCGUAGAUAAAGGGUUUGUUAGGUCCCACAGGAUGCAGAGGAAGCACUACAGAGGACUCUCAAAUCCUCAGUGCGUUCACGGGAUCGAGCUUGUCUCUUCACCCAACUUUGAGGGAGUUGACGAGGAAGAACAGAAGAGGUGGGUGGAACUCACGGGCAGAGACUUGAAUUUCACGCUACCGCCCGAGGCAAGUGAGUUCUGUUCUUGGAGGAACCUCCCCACCACGGAGUUCGAGCUUGAAAGGCACCUGCCUCCAUUGAAGACCAGCACCUCCAACUCAAACUCAAAGAAGCUCCUCAAUGGUUCCAGUCUGAACCUGUCAAAUCGUCCACCAAACCAGGCUAAUGGGGGCUCCUUGGAUCUCUCACCUGUGGGAAACAACAAGAGGAAGAAGGACAUGUAUGGAGCAGGAAGCGAGGAAGACUGUUACUUGCAUAUGAAUCAACCUAAUGGUAGGCUUUCUGAGCCCGAAACCCACCCAGCUGAGCUUCCAUGGAUGAAUGAUUUCAGUGGAGUGAUGAGGAAUGUGUACGGCCCUGUUACAGCAGCAAAAACAAUCUACGAGGACGAGCAAGGUUACUUGAUAAUCACAAGCUUGCCCUUUUCUGAUCUCAAAAGGGUGAAGGUCACUUGGUGGAACAAUCUCACUCAUGGGGUAGUAAAGAUUUCCUCAGUGAGCACUGCUUGUAUGCCUUAUAUCAAAAGAAACGGAAGGACUUUCGAGGUCACUGAUCCUUCUCCCGAGCACUGCCCUCCCGGAGAGUUCGUGAGGGAGAUCCCUCUGCCUACACGAAUCCCAGACGACGCCAAGCUCGAGGCUUAUGAAGACGAAGCUGGGAAUGGUCUUGAGAUCAUGGUGCCAAAGCAUCGCACAGGCCCUGAGGAGCACGAGGUUCGAGUGUGUCUUCGGUCUCAUUCAGGUGUGAAAAACGAACUGAUGUUAUCCUGACUGAAGGGGUAGUUGGAGAAAAUGUGACGGUAGGAGUGGAAAUGGAAUGCACAUUUUUCAUUACAUAUAGCUUGUACUCAUAGGAAGGGAGAUUGGAAACGUGUGAAACAAGAUUCACCAUUACAGCAUUAUUGUUUUUUCUUGCCCAUUCUUAGAAUUUAUUCUGGUGAAGUCUUAUGGAACAAGCCCAGGCUCGUACAUUAGGUCUUGGAGUUACGAAGUAAGAAUUCUUUAGCAAUUCAUUGAUGGUGUAGUUAGUAAUUUGAUGCCUUUGCUCCCCCCCAUAAAUGUAAUUAGUCAAGUUUCCCUGCUGAUUUUUAGGGGUAUAGAUGCAUUGCAUAGUCUUUCUAGUCUCAGGGCAACGUUUUGCUACUUUCUGAAUAAAGCGACGGGGAUGGGGACGGACUGUAGAUUUGAAGAGUUGCCUUUGUAUUCAACACACAUGUUGGACCUUUCGUAUUUUAUUCUUAGCAAUUUCAGUCUGGUUAUAUGAAACUAUUAUAGCGCA